AUGGCAUCAAAGGAAACUUCAAACCCAGAAAGACGAGAUUCCUCCUCUCAACGCAGUAAUGCACGGCCGACUCUGGCCGACAAUCCUCACCAUCCCAAUUCAGCCGCAUAUCUAGCAUAUCCAGUCAAACACGUUGUCUCCAGCCUCUAUCGCCGUAUGACCGAACCUCCCGAAAACCCUGUCAAUAGACUCCUCGAUGCGCCCACCAUCUCGACCUCCUCCUCAGGCGUGUAUACUCCUCCAAGACGAACAGCGUCUCCCUUCCAACCCCCGCCCCUCACCCCCCUCGAACUGCGGCAUCCAUUAUCCCAGAAAGCCGCGGGCUCGUUGCUCUUGACCCGCUCACUCGCCGAAGAAAUUCGACUUUUACUCCCUCCAAGACUUCAACUCAUUGAUCACUGGACGUUGGCAUAUUCACUUGAGGCUCAUGGAUCCUCGUUGGCGACCUUGUACGAACACUGCGCCCACGUAUCGACCUACACUCAGCGCUCAGGAUAUGUCCUAGUAGUAAGAGACGGAUCGGCAUCAGCAACAAAUGGAUCUGUCUUUGGUGCGUAUCUCUCGGACGUACCCAAACCAUCUCUUCAUUACUUUGGUACCGGCGAAUGUUUCCUCUGGCGAGCAAGCAUAUUGCCCGCGUUGCGCGACCUGUCUACAAACCUGCACCCUGGUUCGGAGCCCGCCUCCCAAGAUUUGCUAGAGUUGGCUGGACUGCCACCGCCCCCCAGUGCCGAUACCACCAACCUGCAGCGAUUCACUACGAUUCGAGGGGAGCGUCGGACACCCUCGACGUCGACCACCUCAUUACCACAACCUUCCAACACCAAGGAACCAUCCUCACACCUACAAUCAGCUCCUGAUCGUUCAGGUGCGUCAACACCCGACCGAAUCAGGUUUAAAGCAUUUCCUUACAGUGGCGUGAACGAUUUCCUGAUGUAUUGUGAAUCGGGAUAUUUCUCCAUCGGUGGUGGGGAUGGGCACUAUGGCCUGUGGUUGGACGACGACUUGAAUAGUGGCAUCAGCGAAUCAUGUCCUACGUUUGGUAACGAACCACUAAGCGAAGAAGGCCGACGAUUUGAAGUCCUCGGCGUAGAGGUGUGGUACGUUGGUGCAUGA